UAUCUACGGACAUUACGUACACUGGUAGUUACUACACUAUCUACGGACAUUACGUACACUGGUAGUUACUACACUAUCUACGGACAUUACGUACACUGGUAGUUACUACACAGUAACUACAGACAUUACGUACACUGGUAGUUACUACACAGUAACUACAGACAUUACGUACACUGGUAGUUACUACACUAUCUACGGACAUUACAUACACUGGUAGUUACUACACAGUAACUACGGACAUUACGUACACUGGUAGUUACUACACUAACUACGGACAUUACGUACACUGGUAGUUACUACACUAUCUACGGACAUUACAUACACUGGUAGUUACUACACUAUCUACGGACAUUACGUACACUGGUAGUUACUACACUAACUACGGACAUUACGUACACUGGUAGUUACUACACACUAACUACGGACAUAACGCCAUACAACAUCCACAUUUUCUGCACAAACCGUCAUAUUGCAGUCGGAAUUAAGUGCUCAACAAACCGUCGUAGAUCCUCCAAUCAAUAAAGUGCUAAACCUACAAGGGUAGAUCCUCCAAACAACACAAACUUCAGCAGCUGCCGUGGCGGAGUGCGAACGUUCUCGUCUUCCCUCCGUUACUCUCCCAGAUCUGGGUCAAUUUCCGCUAGACUUCAGGAAGCGGGACUCGUGCGUCACGUACCAUCACUGUCGUUCAACAACCCCACACCGCCAUCCCCAUAGCUGACAAAUUCCUCCGUUCCCCGAGACACUCGCCCUCAUGCACCGCCAACUGGUCUUGCUGCGGUUUAGGGGUGGCAUCCAUCUCCCCUAAUUAGGAAUUUUUGUUCCCGUAUCCGUUCUUGAACUUCCUGUUUGUAUUCUCACGGGAACUUUGUUACCUUCCUGAUUCCCACACAGCUUUGGGCACGGCUUCGGAUUCGUGUUUCUCUUCUCGUGCUCACCAGACAGAGAAAUGCUAACAGAUGAUGAGUUAUCUAGGUUGGCUGAACAGGCAAUACUGAAGGAAGCCAAAAGAGGUGCUCAGAGAGCAGAGAUCUCGGGUCCAUCUGGAUGGCUUAAAUGCAGACUACCUUCCACAAACAAGACUUUCCUUCACAAUACUCUUGUUGGAACUUUGGCUGCCAACCGUGCUAAAGAGAAGCAAGAUAGAAACCGCAUUGAAGACGGGAAACGCAAACGACAAAUGGAGGAGAAGGAAAAAAAUACAUACAAGAGGCUGUAUAUUCGCUCAAGUACAAAAGCAAAGACUAGCCUGCCAGUCAAAAAUGGAGAAUCCUCUGUAGAGGGUUAUAAAAUUUGCAAAAAGGAUUGCAAAAAGACAAAUGUUCAAAGUGACAAGAUCAUAAUGUGGAAUGAAACAGGUCUAGAACUGAAAAACUGUAAUAAUCAAUUAACUCUUGGAAAGAAAUCGAACUUGCUUAAUAAAAAGGGCAUUAAGAAAAAUAAUUCAAAUUUAUUGCAAAGAAGUAUAAAUUUUAUAUCUAGCUCUAAUCAAGAUAACAUUGACUGAAAAAAAAUAGUAUUUCUUUAUUACUGUAUAAGAGUUUUAUUAACUGUUCUAAUACAAUACGUAUUUUGUAUUUUAUGUAUUAAGGACUAUGUUGAUAAAAUUUUCUAAAUGUAUUUUGUCUAACUUAUUUGUAUACAUGUUUACCAACAUUUAAACCCAUUUAAUGUUAUUAGCCAAUAGAAACACUCCCAUGGGAUAGCAAAAGGAAGGAUUCCUUAUUCUGUGGUUGUUCACCUUGGUUUAACUACUCAAACCAGUGACAUUUGCUGGUCUCACUAUUUUCUCCACUAUCCUUAUAAUAAAUAAUAUUUUUUCAUGGUUAGGAAACACGAUGCAUUUCCCAGUGUGGGUCUUUGUCAUGUGACCCACAAUUUUUUUCAUGUUUUUUUUUUGCUUGUUCUUACCAAGGAUGGUCUUCAGUCUUCUUAUUGUUUUCACAUUAAUAACUAAACCAACAUGUGCUGUAAUUCUUUAAACGGUUCUCAUGUUUUUUUACUACCAAGCAGUUAGUGUUUGGGAUUCUUCAGGGAAUGGCAUCUUCAGCCUGUGAAACAUUUGUUUAAGAUUCAUGACAACUGUGAGGUCACCAGGUUUAGUCCUUGAUGAAGGACUCAUGAUCCAAGGAACUGGAACUACCCUCCCAUUGGAUCAAACUUUAUAGCCCCAUUUUCAAGGUGCUGUUCAACUAAUAGCUGUGUGUUCUCCCCAAGAAUGUUACUUGCCAGGCUGAGGCCAUAUUGCUGAAAGUUGUGUCCCUUCCCUAACAGUGUUAUGGUGCUUCAUUAAGCUGAUUAUCAUGAAAACUAAGUGUUUAACCCACAAGGGUCAUACAGUGCUGCUUCAUGAAGCUGAAAUAUUGCUAGAAACACCCACAGUAAUAGUUCAAAUUACACUUGUUGCCAUUUGUUUUUGGAAUUUUGGUUUGUGCCUUGGUUUAAAUACCCAUGAAAGUGAGCAGCUCCUGAUUCAAGGAAUUGGACUUAUCUUCCCUUAUUUUACCUUCUGUUUCCUAGGCAUUAUAUAACCACUUUGGGUUUAGCCCUUCCUCUCUGAUUACAGUAAAUAAAAUAAAAUAUAAAUGAACUGAAAAUUUUGGUAAUUUUAGUUACAGUACUCGAGAAUUAAAUGCAGUAUCAUAAAUCUCGGUUAAUUCUACUUAUGGGUUCAGCACGUCCUAAAUUAAAACUACAGCAGUUGAAUGACUGAUUGUGAAUAUGUUUCGUAUUUUUUUUUUUUGGGGUUGCCCUACCUUUAUGGGAGACAGCCGGUGUAUUAAAAAAAAAAAUAACAUGGGCAACAUGUAUAAUCAUUAAAUACUAGAAAGCAGAGAGAGCAAAUAAUAGCUACAGUAUUAUUCUGAAAACUGCAAUCAGUUGUAGAUUGUAUAGGGAGAAGUGCGCUGGAAACUGACCCAGCAACCUCAUGCAAGACCAUCCAUACAAAUUAGGCCAUAGUAUAUGAAAUGUAAAUCUGAUACUGUUCUUAGACAUAGAUUAUGAAGGCCCCACUAAUCUAAAUGACACCAGACAGACUUCCUGGAUAUACACCACAGAUUUUUUUUUUAAACACAUUGGUGUUUUCCACCAAGGUUUGGUGGCCAAAAAAAAAGAAGAAAUACUUCAACCAUCAUUCACUCCAUCACUGUAAAUCAUAAAAACCACUUGCCUCCACUCACUCCCAUCUAACACACACUCAUACACUUGCUGGACAUCCAUAAAAUUAGAUUUUCACCCUUGUAAUAAAGUUGGUAGAAUUACCAACAAUAUGUAAAGUAAAAGGACACAAGUGCAACUAAUGUGACAUUUUUAUUGUGGCAACGUUUCA